GAUCUUGCGUCAUAAAAAAGCUUGAGACAUGAGCAAUCCGGUUGGUCAAGUGUCAAUUAAGUUGAGUAAUCUAGAUGAGGAGGGGGAAUCUUCCAAGCUCAAGGAAGAUGGAGGACACAGAAGUCCAAGUACUGUUGCAGCAAAACGUCCAAAACUGGAGGAAGUUGUUAUUAACGCAUAUCAUCCUCAGCCAAAAAUAUUCCUUCCAAAGUGGGAAAUCAUAUUUACAGUAGCAUCUGCAUUUGCUGUGUUCGUUGAUCCUUUUUGCUGCUACGUUCCCGUCAUCAUCGACCACAGCACGAGCUACACUUGGGACGAAACGUUGUUGUGGACAAUUUUCGCCUUACGAUCAGCCGGCGAUCAAUUUUAUGGAAUGGACAUUUUGGUUUUCAUAAAGCGACGUCGCGACAAUGUUAAUGCCAAGCCAUUUGGGGCCUCCUGGACAAAGUAUUUUGGCGGUCCUGAUUCCACAAUUCGGAAGGUGUUGAAUGGCCAGAAAUCACUUAGGUUCCUAGGCAUUGUACCUCGCAUUUGUGCUGCUCUUCCCAUUCUACAGGCAUUCUUAGUCGUUGGACUUAAAACAGACCUUGUUCGCCUGUACCAACAGCUAUUAUAUCUAAUUGCAUUCCAAUAUAUUUUACGGGCUUAUAACUUCUACCGAUGGCUCGAUCAGCAUGCUAACAUAGAGACCGCAGUAAAAAGAUUUCUUAAAGCUGCUCUAGACUUCCUUCCAUUCAUCCUUGCUGCUCAUCUAUUCGGAGCCUUGUGGUACUAUUUUGCUGUGGACCAAAAGAUAGCUUAUUGGGAGGAGCAUUGUCGUAAAUUUGAUGGAGCAUGUUCGGAUUAUGUUGAUCCUUUCUAUUGCAGUAACACUCUAAAUCACACGUUCAAUUUCAAUGUCUCGCGUUUACACGAGUCAUGCGCUGUACAACUUUCAGCAAAUGUAACAAGUUUACCUUUCGAUUUUGGUAUAUAUCUAUCCGCUCUCCAAUCUAAUAUGACAAGCUCAAGAGAUCUUCCAGUGAAGAUGUUACAAUGUAUUUGGUGGGGCCUGCGAAAUUUGAGUUCUUUUGGUUCAAACCUCCAGACCAGUUUCUUUAAGGACGAAAUCAUCUUUUCGAUUGUAAUCUCUAUAAGUGGCUUGGCACUAUUUUUAGUAUAUCUCAAUUCAAGGGUGCCGGGGUCGAAAAAAGUGUCAGAUCAGCUUAAAUUGCAACAGAAGAUUGAAACGGUAUAUCCAGACAUAAUAGAGCAAAUGCAUAAUAUGUGCCGUCUCAGCUUAGCUUCACUAAAGAAAGUGCCGUUGCUUGAAAGUACAGAUGAUAAAGUUUUAAAAGCAAUAUGCGAGUAUCUUAAGCCAGUAACUUAUGGCGAGGAUGUUUAUAUCAUUCGAGAGGGAGAACCACUUCGAAAGAUGUUUUUCAUCACACGAGGCACUGCAUUGACCUACACAACUACUAAGGGUGGAACAACUUUGUGCAAGUGCCUUGAGAAAAGUGAUUUUUAUGGAGAAGAACUUCUAAAUUGGGCAUUCAAAUUUUCCUCAUUUUCUAAGUUACCUAUCUCCACUACAACUCUUUUGUCCCAAACAAAGGUUGAAGCAUUUUCAAUUAGGGCCCACCACUUGAAGUCAAUUGUCGCUCCAUUUUGGUGGCAUUUUCAGAGAGAGCUUCCUCGUUCUCAAUUGGAGCAUUUUGCAGCUUCUUCCAUACAUGUUGAUACCGUGGCAUACCAUCUGUCAGUUUUGAGAGAGAUGUUUCCUAAUGGCAUAAACCUCCUCUCUCUUUUCUCUGGGAUUGGUGGGGCAGAAAUAGCUCUUCACUGGCUUGGUAUCCCUCUGAAGAAUGUCAUGUCGGUAGAGAAAUAUGCAGUGAACAGAAGUGUUGUGAGGAGUUGGUGGGAGCAAACAAACCAGAGAGGGAAUUUGUAUGACCUUGAGGAUGUACAGCAGCUGAAUGGUGACAGCCUGGAGCAUUAUAUGAAUUUAUUUGGUGGGACCGUGGGAGUCCAUGUAACAAUCUGA